UAUUUUAACCCGUCAUAUGGUGAGUUGUGACGGCAACACACGAAUCACAUACCCAGGUGGUGUUUACAAACCUAGACAGGAUAUCUUUGCUACCCUGGACACAUUUAACAUUCACGUCCCGAUGAAUUUACGUUUCAAAACCCACUUUGCCACCUUUGACAUUGAGUCCAUGCUCCAGGACUUACCAACUACAGGGAGGCAGACAGAACGCACUUCACUGCACACUUUGGCCAGUAUAAGCAUUGCGUCUACUGUUGAAGGUUUCCAGCAACCUAGAUGCUUUGUCUGGGACGGCGACUGCGAUCGUAUCGUAGCUGAAUUCGUUCAAUACCUGAUGGAAAUACAGCGGGUCUACAAAGCAAACAACGCGGCGAUGCUACAGCCGUACAUGCGAGAAUUGCGCGAACGCAUUAAAAAGUCAACUGGCCGCAGACCCGGUAAAAUGAACGCCUGGACCAAUCCCUUGAUAAAAGUCGAACAGAAUCUCAAUGAAUGGAUUUCAUGCCUACCUGUCGUCGGUUUCAAUUCAGGUAGAUACGACGUUAAUGUGUUGAAAGGCAGUCUCAUUAAUCAGCUCGAACGCCAAGGGGGUGGCAUCACAUAUUGCGUUAAACGGGGUACGGGGUUCUUGGUCAUUAAAACACCUUCUUUAUCGUUUCUCGAUGUGAUCAAUUACCUAGGACCCGGUGUUUCCUAUCGAAAGUACCUGGAAUCGUUUCAGUGUGACGUUCAAAAAGGUUUCUUUCCGUACUCUUACUUUAACACAUUUGACAAGUUAAAAGAAACAAAAUUACCACCACGAGAUGCAUUUUACAACUCGAUGACAAAACAGCACAUCAGUGAAAGUGACUACCAAAGUUGUCUUGAUGCCUGGCGCACAAAAAAUAUGAAAACUUUCAAAGACUAUCUAGUUUACUACAACAAUUUGGACACUCAACCUAUGGUUACGGCGCUAUCCCGGCAAGUUGGAUACUAUCGGAAUACACACAACGUGUGCAUGUUAUCUAACCUUUCAGCUCCAGGGGUAGCAAUGAAAAUCUUAUUUGGGUUAGUCCCACACGGUGUAUAUUUUUCCUUGAUUGGUGAAGACGAUAAAGACCUGCACGAAAAACUACGCAAUAGUAUAACCGGUGGACCCAGCAUCAUAUUCAACCGUUUGCAGAUUAAAGAUGUCACCAAAAUUAAUCCUUUGAUUUACAAAGACUUAGCAAAAACAACAAAAAGUGUUCAGGGUGUGGAUGCUAACGGACUCUACUUGAGCUGUCUCACACAGAUGGCACCGACCGGAGACUACCGACGCUUCAAGGAGCCCGAUUAUACAGCUGAAAAGACUCAACGUGUAGGUAACACUGGAGGUGAAUGGUUGGACUGGCUUGCUCAACGAGAAAAUAUCCUCAUUCACCAUAGACACAACGGGGGCGAGAAAACUGUCGGGAGCGCUCGAUACCGCGUGGACGGCUACUGCCCACAGACUUUCGAGAUAUUCGAAUUUCUUGGAUGCGUUUAUCACGGAUGUGUAACCUGUAGCGUAAAUAAAGAUAAGUCUGGACAGCUAAUCAAAAAACACCCUAAGGGUGGCAAAGAUGUUUUGGAACUGUUCGAAGAAACUCACAAACGUAUCGAAGUGCUUAAAUCCGAGAAGUUUAAGGUUCGAGUGAUGUGGGGAUGCGAAUGGAAGCGUAUACAAAGAGAGGACCCAACAGCCAAAGCGUUUAAAAAUAAGUACAAAAAUCUGAAAAAGAAAUCAUUCCCAAACAAGGAAGCUAUCAUCGAGGGUAUCGCCUCAGGUGAACUUUACGGACUAGCAGAGGUGGACAUCAACGUGCCGCAGCAGUUGAAGAAACGUUUCGCUCAUUACCCCCCGAUAUUCAAAAACCAUAUGGUUUCACGUGAUGAUAUUGGACAACACAUGAAAGAGUUCGCGGAGGCAAAUAAUAUCAUGAGACAACCACGACGAAGUUUAAUUGGUAGCUUUUACGGCAAUAAAAUAGUCCUGACGACACCUAUAUUAAAGUGGUAUUUGAAGAAGGGGCUGGUAAUCACAAGAGUGUACGAGUUCAUUGAGUAUACACCCCAAGGUUGUUUCCGCAAGUACGGGAGAUUUGUUUGCGAAGCGAGACGAGCAGGCGAUAAAAACCCUACCCUAGCCGUUCAAGCGGAUUGCGCUAAGCUACUUGGGAACUCAGCCUACGGGAAGACACUGACGAAUAAACUCCGCUUCAAAGAUGUUUUAUAUAAGCGUGAGGUAGAUCUCACCAGGUACGCAAAACGAAUGACGUACAUCCACACCGAACCAAUAUUUGAGGACUUGUACGAAUUAAACCUGGCAAAAGUAGAGAUCAUUCAAGAUCUACCUAUGCAAAUAGCUAUUUUUGUAUAUAGCUACGCUAAGUUACGCAUGUUAGAACUCGUUUAUGAUUUUUUGUUCAAAUUUAUAUCUCAUGCCGACAUUGCGUUAGUUCAGACGGACACAGAUUCGAUGUAUUAUGGGUUAUCGUCAAACUCCAUAGAGGACGUGAUUAAACCCGAGCUUAGAACUCAAUUUUUCACUGAGUACAACAGCUGGUUCCCUGCCCUUGCAUGUGAUAAACAUAACGCAGAGUUUAUCCAAACUAAAAGUGAAUACCGUGAAUGGGUUCCACAAGAGUGCUGUAAAGAGCGUACGCUCUACGAUAAACGCACUCUGGGUCUUUUUAAAUUGGAAUACAGUGGGAAUGCUAUAGUGGCGCUGAAUUCCAAAACAUAUUUCUGUCAUGGGGAUAUUGAAAAAAUUAGCAGCAAGGGUUUAUCCAAGAAGCAAAAUAACCUUACGUUUGAUGACUUUGCAAAUGUUUUAAAAACUAAACAAUCUGUUUCUGGUGAAAAUGUAUCAUUUCGAGUGUGUGAUAACCAUGUUUUUACCACCAAACAAACCAAAAUAGCUACUUUGGCGCAGCAAAUGUACCCGGGUAAAACAAAUUUUUUAAAAGCAGCCUUUGCCGACGCGACCAAAGAAGCUUACGGAUAUUUACUGUUGGAUUUCCGACAGGCAACCGACGAACGCCUGCGCUUGAGGACUCGGAUUUUUCCAGGUGAAAUUCAGGAUGUCUACCUCCCGAAGAAUCAAAGACGUAAAUUAACUCGACACAAGUCACAUCUACGCUCGUUAAUUAGGAAACAGUUGCCUAUCCGUAAGAAGAAAGUGAUAUUACAAAAGGGCGGGUUUCUCGGUGCCAUUUUAAGCACUUUAAUCCCAACUGUGAUUGGUGGAAUCUCAAAGUUGUUUAGAG